AAAUGCCUUGCUAGAGCGACGUUAGUUUAUUUAUUUAAUAAACAUUGAAAAACAACAAAUAAUAUAAACAAACAUGAGAUGGAGCGAAAAAGAAACGUGUACUUUUGUCAAAUUGUACCUGGAGAAUGAAGCACUCUGGAAUCCUAGAGUUCCCGAGUACAAAUCUAAACCAGAAAGGCACAAAGCUUAUACUAAAAUUAUUACCGAUUUCCGAGCUGCUACGGGCAUGCCUUUGACGGAACCUGAAGUGAGAACGAAGAUUAAGAACUUAAGGUCCACCUACAUCCAGGAGGUCAACAAAAUACGCAAGCGAUCUAGCCCGGACUCUGUUUUCAAGCCUUCUAUUAAGUGGUUCUAUGCUUGGCAUAAACGUUUUAGCAAGACGCUUAGAAGAGAUCUGGACGUUAUGGACGAUGCAUUUUUUGAUCAUGCAGAACAUAUAGAUGAAUCAUGUCAAAAAAUAUGGGUUAGUCCAGAUGAAGUCAAUGAUAACUCCAACUCUGACCCCUUCGAGUCCGAGCAAGACAACUUCCUUCUGGUCCUCAAACCUGAGCCCGAAGACAUAAAGCAAGAAGCUUCACAAAGCUCGUACAAAAUAAAGAAGAAAAAAUUUAAACAUCACAGUACCGAUAACUCGGACAGAUCAUAUAGAAAUAGCAUAGACAAUGAGGCCAAAGAAGAUGAGUUUGAUAUUUACGGAAAAUUCAUAGCAUCACAGUUGAGGAAAAUGAAUUUGCAGAAAGCGUUACGGUUGCAACUGGAGAUUCAGAGUUUAGUGAGUGAGGCUAGGAUAUCAGAUAUGACCGAACAUUGAAAUAUAGAAUUUCGUUUUUUAAUAAAACUGUUUUCGUCAUCUUUGUUUCCAAAGAACUGUGGUAAUAGGUUAUAUUUAAGUUAGCGUUUAACAGUCAUUAAAUUUUAAGCCUCUAUUAUUUUAUCAAUUGGUAAUCUUUAAACAAAGCUGUAUUUAUGUUUCUUCAAACAAUUAAACGUGUACAGAUGUAGUGCAUAAUUAUUUUCCAUCAUAUUUUUACGGAAACAUAUGAACAUGUCUUGCUAUUUCAAUCAGUCUCGGUACCAAAAGUAUUAGUGACAUUGACUGAAGUAGCAUGACAAAUACGAACGUUUCCGAGAAAAUAUGAUGGAAAACAAUAAUUAUGCACUAAAUGGCGUAUAUAGCGCAUAACACAUGGCGGUCUUUGGUGUUGGAGGCCAAGAUCCACUUCGGGUUGUUGCGCCACAGCAGUGAGUAAGUAAGUAAAUCUAUGUAAAAAAUACUUAAAAUAUGUCAAUUCAUAUUGAAUAGUUUUUGCAAUUUAUUUAUUUUUAAUAAUUUAGCAUGUUGAAUAUGGAGAUAAAAAAAGAAUUAAAAAAACUGACAUUACAUUUAGAAUCUUCUCAUAAAAGAGGAUUUUUCUUGGACAAGUUAUCCCUGGCAUAGAUGUCCAUGUUGCAGAAACUUUCCAAAAAGAAAUGUUCUUAGAUUUUUCAGGAAAAUCUCAUAAUAAAUAUUUUUGAAAUGGAGCUUCAAUUCCCACAAAAAUAUGAGAAUUUUCUCAAUUUUGGAAACAUUCUGACGGCAUAUCAGUAGUUUCAGAUAAUUUUCACAAAAGGACCAGUGUUCAAGUACAAGAUUAAAAUACAACUCAAGAUAAUUGUUCUGUGUAAAUUGUAUACUUACUGUUUAGUUGAGAAGGGAAAUAAAAUUUUAAUAUAAGAGAAAGUCGUGUAGCAAGUCUGAUCUUUUAUUGCUGUUACAGCCUCUGUUUAUAAUAUAAACAAACAUCGCUUACGUUUCACUAGUGAAAAUUCAGAUUUUUCUGAAUGUACGAAUUAUUGUACCUACAUUCUCACAUUUGUCCUAGAAAUUUAUGACAAAAUACACAGAUGUCUGCUGCAGAUUGGUUUCAGUACGAGAGUCCACGUCAAUUACAACUAUAACUAAAUUAAGUACUUUAAGUUACGCAAAUUACGUGUUCAGAAAAAAAAGUACGGAAGCCUUUAUGGCUGAGCGUGGUUUAAAAAAAACUAACCAUCUAAAAACUUAGGUUAUAAAUAACGUUAAAGGACGAUUUACACCAACUGAUUUAGCAAAUUGGACAACUUAUAGUAUAGUGUAAAUCGACGUUUAACAGAGACUAGAGAAGACCACAAUCUUUAUUUCAACAAUCUCAAAAAUAAUACUAACAACAUUUCAUUUACAAUCCGAUUGAGUCCGAUGUGCGUUUGUCGUAGGGUUCUUAUUGUUGGCAACCCACCAAAGAUUGACAUGUUUAACCCUGAAGUGGUAAAGGUGUCACAGUCCUGUAACUGUAUGCCAUUAAACCGGUAUUUUGGGUGCCAAUCAAUGGGUGUUUUACCUUAUUAAUACAGUGAUGAAAAUUGAUUGUUACUUGUUUUUGCUCUCCUUGCUUACAGUAGGUACAGUGCAUAAUAAACGCGCACCCACACCGCAACUUUUGUGGAGAAUGCAGUAACACUUGGAAACUUUGUUCUACAAAAUGUAACUGUGGUAUGGAUGCACCCUAACAAUAAAUUAUAUAUAAGAUAUACUGCUUUAUAAUAUGACAUCCCAUUGUGUUACUCUUCAUUUAAGUCCAUGAUCAUGAAAUCAACUUGUAUAAAAAAAAGAACUUAAGAAAAAACCAAAAAUAUUAUUUCAUAACAGUGCAUCAGAGAAAACUUUAAUAAAAACAUAAAGUACUAUUUCACAAUGUUUCUCACUGAAAUAUGUAGUAUGUUUCCAAAACGAGCAAAAACAAGCAACCAAACGGGGCAAUAAAAACAUUGGCACUUAUGAACAACAUUUAAAGUCACACUCCACUGAGUACCAAACCGUACACUUACUCUAAUGCCAUCAAGUCAUUAACAUGUGUGGAAACGACACCAAAGUGUCCCCAUUCAAAUAGAGGAGGCAUUUAUGCGUUGGUGGUUGAAACCACCAACUAGACUAACCAGAUUUAAAAAUCUCGAGAUUAUUGUAAGGUAUUAGUUGUCAAGCGGACCCUAGGCUCUCAUGAGCCGUGGAGAAAUGCCGGGAUAACGCGAGGAAGAAGAUUGUAAGGUUGUGUAAGAGCCACCCCACACAAGCGUCUUUUGAGGGUCAAUGUCUAGUCAGCGCAAUAGAAAAAAAAUGGCGUCGCUGCGCAGUUACGCCAACGUUGCGUCGAGCAGCAGCCAUAGAGUUGACUAGACGCCGACGCUCAGGAGACGCUACCUCUAUUUCACUUACAGACAAAACAUCUUCCAAACUGAGCAUAGUCGCGCUACCACCUCUGCGACGCAUACGGUAAUUUUUCCUCCAUGUUCGAGUCGAAAGUGUCUUUGUGUGACGUCCGUGUCUUUGAACGGAGCAAUCACGGCACGGGACUUAGCUCACCUCGUCCCGCGCACCCCCGCAUUUUUGGCAUCAUCGGUUGCAUGGAAUAAUUGCUCUAAACUCGGUCUAGAGGAUUCCUAGUCUAUGAUUUCACGAAACUUUGGUGUAGUUUCCACACAUUUCAACCCCGCUUGAAACCUUAAUCUAUUCAUAAAACGACCAAUGCCAUCUGCCGUGUUUUCGAAAAAUAAAGGCGAAUUAAAUGCAUCGUUUGUACAUAAAUUAGUGGAAGUAUCAGGGAAGCAUAUGACGCGAGCGCUUUCAAACGAUCAUUACAUUGAAAUUCAACAAUUUUUAAGAUGUCAACUCACAUUUUAAGUAAAUUACAAAUUUUAUCGGAGAAAUAUGGCAUUAUCUUCUGUUAUUCAAAUAAGUGUGACAUAGAUGAAUGACGUAUGUUAACUCAUUCACUGCCAGCGCGACCCACGCGCUACGAGCGUAGCCGAUAACGCGGGUUUUCCCGUAUGUAGCGAGAAGCCCCUACGAACAGAGAACCCGCUUAGCCGGUCGCUGGCAGUGAAUGUGUUAGAGCCUUACAUUUUAGGCCGCAUUGUAACAGCUUAUUUCUGCUCUUAGCCAGACUGACGUUUAAUGAAAAUUAUUUAUAUGGGCGGAAAUUAGGUGCCAUACAUUUGGAUUUACAUGUAUGUUUACUAUGGCUAUGAUAACUAGAGUUAGAUCAAGAAAAGUCUGCAGUGAUUUUGACAGCAUACGCAGUGCAAGAGUUAUUUAUACGUCAUAAUUUCAUAGAAGUUUGUCGUUUAAUAUAACACUUGCACUGCGUGGGCUAUCAAAAUCUCUGCAGACUUUUCUUGGUCUAACUCUAAUCAAGGUUGCAUUAUGUCAGUUUUCCCCUUUUUAUCAAUUCAUCGCAGCUUUUGAUUUCCAUGGCUACCAAUGACCAAGCUGUCCGUAAGAGCGGGACGCAAGUACAGGUUAGAAUAAGAAGACAAUUGUACCAAUUACUUUCCUAAUUCAUGUUUUUUUUCUAGCUAGGUUUUACAGUGAGUUGACAUUUAACUUUCAACGACACGGUCGCUAAACAAUGUAAAAUAUUUGUCAGAAAACAUCAACAAUUAGUUGUACCGUUUUUGAACACAUAAGGAGAUAGGUACAUUUAGAUGUGUGUAAAUUAAAAAUAUAACGAUCUCAACUUAAAA